AUGCCGCUGCUGGUGAAGCGCAGGAGCAUCCUCGACCUUGCCAACGACCAACAUAGUCAUCAGCACACACGCGCGCAGAAACAGCCAUCCCUGAGGCCAUUCACUGCCAAUGAAAUCUCUCCCGACUCGACCAUCCGCCCCGUCUCCGACUAUGGCCAGUCGACCUUUUCCAGACUGUCGCACGAGCUCCACCCGGACGACAUUGUGGAGCCGAGCACGGACGAUGAGGGCAGCAAGAAACGCUUCAAUCUCAUCAAGUUUCGCAACUACUCCGAGUCGCACUUGGCUGCAAGGGCGAGACUGGACGCGCUGGCCGUGGAAGAGGAGCACAACGACAUGCCGCCCAUACCGACUGUCACCGCGGACAAUGGGGUCGUGCCCAAGAUUGUGAAGACGGCGCCGACGAUGGACAAUGCGUUGCACGAAGAGCAGAGGCACGUCCGGCCGUCGUUGUUCAAGAGAGCGUCGUCGAGAAGGAUGCAGAGUCCGAGCAUGUCAAUGCAUGAACAUAAGCCAGAAAGACGGAGUGGGUUGAGAUGGCGACGCGGCAAGAACAGUGGGCUUGAGGACCUGCACCGACUUUCCACGAUGCACCUUCAAAAUGCAGCCACAGCUCCUCCCUCGUAUGGCGACGAGUCCACCUCUGCGCUUGCCGUUCCCGUGUCGCGCCUGACCGAUCCACGGCUCUCCGAAUCGUCCCGCUCCGAUGGCAGCAAUGGCAGUUCGGGCGAUGGCCAGAUCUACGCAUCUACAACCACCACCACGCAUACGGUAUCGACGCAUACUACCUUCUUCAAGUUACCCCGGCGGAAUCCGAAUCGUAAUUCUCUCUUUCCAGUACCCAUCAAGAUUCCGCCCCCAGAUAUACGGGACGACGACGGUCCCACCACUCAUCGCGCAUCUACACAAUCUAAUACGCCCGAGAUCCACGGCACUCCUACCACAGAACAAGAGUCGGCACUACAGAGACGACAUACCGAGACGAGUCCUGCCAAGGCACGACUUCACGCGAAGUCAGCUCCUCCCUCAAAUGCUGCGCUUACGAACAAAUCCAUGUCAUUCUCUGAUCUCGGACAUCCUUUGGAUCGACACAACUCGCGACAAUCGCAGAGCUCUCUUUCAUCAUCGCCUCUGCAACCACCGAUGAGGUUGGGCAUGCGGGACAGGGCAUCCACGGCGAGUAGCUUUGGCCGAAGCUCUCGCGAUGUCGAUACACCACCUUCGCUCUCUGCUAGCGGUAGGAACUCAACUUCAACGACCGGAAGAUCGAGUCUAGGCGGAUUCUUGAGUCUAUCACGCUUUCGACAAGGCUCGGAGCCGCAUUCGCCUCGUCAUGGCUCGCCCGGGACGCGUAGCAAAUCCAACUCGUUUGCCAUCAGUCGCGAAGCGCUGGUCAUACCCGAGCGAGAAGAGGGUGAUACUCCUGGAAAGUACUUGGAGCGUCUAGAAGCUGCUGUCGCCAGGUCCGUCAUCGCUACGAUCCUAUCCCGCUCGGCAGACCCAUUCUCAAUGGCGGUGCUUAGGAGCUACACCAGGAGAUUUCCCUUCUUUGGCGAGCCAAUCGACAUGUCUUUCCGUAAGUUCUUGCUCGAGGCAGAGCUUCCCGUGGAGACGCAGCAGGUGGAUCGAGUCAUUCAAGCUUUUGCCGACAGAUAUCACGAAUGCAAUCCCGGCAUCUUCCCUAGCUCGGACGUCGCCUAUGUUGUUGCCUUCAGUAUCAUGAUGUUGCACACCGACGCUUUCAACAAGAAUGUCAAGAAGAAGAUGACAAAGCAAGAGUACACGAGGAAUCUACGCGAGCAAGGUAUGUCUGGAGACAUCCUGAGCUGCAUCUACGACAACAUCUGCUAUACGCCAUUUGUACACUACGACGAAGACGUUGAUAUCAACGGCCAGAAAGUGCUGUCGUUCAGGCCCACGGGCAAGGGUGGGAAACUGAAAAGUGCUAUACCUGGAGCAGAUGUCGUCGCGAAGAAGCCCUCCGGACCGCUUGAUCCUUACAACUUGCUUGUUGAGAACCGACUCGACGAGCUACGCCCGCCCAUCAAAGAUGUCAUGAUGCUGGACGACCCAUACGAUUAUCGGGGCAGCCAGGGUGAGCUAGAUAUGCACUACUUGCAGCGAGCCUUUACCCAUACAGGAGUCUUGCAGAUCAUAUCCGCGAGAAGCAGACCUGCAGCCUAUGAAAGCCAGGUCAUCAACGGCGCUCCCAACCCAACAGAGACACAGCAAGGCAUUGUCGAUCUCAAGGUAACGAAAGUGGGAACGUUGUGGCGGAAAUCUGCGAAACGCAGCAAGACUAAGCGCCCAUGGCAAGAAUGGGGCGCUGUCUUGACUGGCUCGCAACUCUACCUGUUCAAGAACUCACACUGGGCGAAAGGACUUAUGCAUCAAUUCAAGCAGCAUCAGAAGCCCGGCCAACCUCGAACGCCCGUCAUUUUCAAGCCACCUUUACAGAACUUCAAGCCAGAUGCACUUAUCAAAACAGACAACGCUGUGGCUCUCAUCGACUCCACCUACGACAAGCAUAAGAACGCCUUCGUUUUCGUUAGACCCGGAGCCGAGGAAGAAACCCUGCUGGCAGACAACGAGUCGGAACUCAACGAGUGGCUCGGCCUGAUCAACUAUGCCGCGGCGUUCCGUGCCGCUGGCGUGAGAAUUAGAGGGAUGGUUGGGAAUGAAGAAGAUACACGCAACCGCGACCUUGGUAGGCUCGACUCGACGACUUCCACCAGAUCGAUACAAACAAGAAUGGGAGAGGUCACGUUGACCAGUCGUGGACUCAGCCCGGCACUGCAGAAGCAGGUCAUGGCAGCAAGAAGAGAGAUUAUGAUUCAGAAGAUUGCUGAUCUUGAGACCCAAGUCGCAGCUACUAACAGACAGCUGGAAAGAGUUCUUCGAGACGCACGGCAUCUUCAGAUCCUGGCGCCGAUUGCCGACAAGACGAGGGACGAUGUGCGAAGUGCGGGAGGGAGGAUCAAUGCUGCUAUCAUCUGGACACGACGAGACGUGUGGCGGAUGAAGUGCCAUAGAGACAUCAUUGCCAUGGACGUGCGGCUGGACGGCAUGACAGCAGCCGAGCUAGACAAACUUGCCGCCGAACGUGCCCAGCAGCAGGCUGAAGCAGAGUCUGCGAGGAAGGACAAACCUAAGAUGCUGUCUCGACUGAGUUCGCAGCGUGUGAGAAGUCCGCCUCAAAGCCCGACCACGAGGCAGAUGAACGAUAGGCCUUCUACGGCGGAGUCUGUCGACACGGUUAGCAGAGACAUCUUCCAAUCGCCCUCUGGCUCGACAAAUGGUCAGCAGCAAGAAGGGUGGCAGUUGCCUCCAUUGAGCUUGGAUGUCGCUGCUAGAGAUCAGCAUCGGCCGUCUGUCUCGAGCACGCUUCUGUCAACACCCGCCAGCAAAAGGGCAGGCGGCAGUCUGACGCAUUCAUCAUCAUCGACUUCGAGUGUGCUUCGGGUUCAGCGGACACACUCGUCCAACCCUCCUGAGACCAGCCACGAAGACGAUCCCAAUCUGGACGAGAAGGACUUGAAGCUGCUUGCUCGGUCCACGAUGGGACCGGCGCAGGAAGCCUCGCCCAGGAUGCCCAGCAUCGAUAACCCACAGCUUGGCACGUCGCCGGAGAGUAAGCACAAGGGCGUCCGGAGAAGUCUACACAAGACCUUGCGUGAUGGCCACCAUCGCGAUCACACCCACAAACACCGACGCAACAAAGACAGCGAUAGCACUGUGCGCUCUGCAGGUCAUCUCGACAAAGAUGUCGAAGAAGCAACGCCAGGUCUGCAGCGUGACAAGCCGCGCUUCAUCCUGCACGGCAAACAAGCGUCUGUCGUGCAGUUUGGUGGCGACUGGGACAGGAUGCGUCUGCGAAGAGAGCAGUAUGACCGCCAACACCCAAGCACGCCAACCCAGACUCAGAAGGAAGCAGACGAUGCUUACAAUGCGUACGAAUGUCGCCGCGCAGAACAGCACGAGCGGGUCCGCAGCCCCGUGGUCCAAGAGUUCCUUCGACAUGGCAGCAUCACGGAAGAUGACGAUGCCGCAAGUGUGCUAUCGGAGGAGAUGCGCAGCUUUAGGGAAGAUGCCGAAGCCGCGAUAGCAUACUCAUCGGCAGGACAUUCCGCAUCACCCAAACGCCUCUCAUCCUCUACCGACGAUCGUGGCACAGACUCAGAGGUCUAUGACCUGGCUGAUUGGGAGGAUAGUAGGAGAGUGACGGUCAUCGGACCUUCAAGACCGAUCCCACAACCAAACAGCACAGAAACGCAACGACAUCGGCGCUACAGCAGUCUAGAGAAAGCCGAAAACGGCAACAUCAAGAUCGUCGACAGCUUGGAUGCCGAAGACGAGGCAGGCUCUCCUUCAUUCAAAGGCAGAGAGAAUCGGCAAACGGUAAUUGGUCCCUCGUCGAGCUCUGGCAAUCAUCGUGCCAACUGCGCCAAUGGCAAAGGCAAGCUCAAGGAGAGCGCAUCAAUGGAGGCAUCCAGUACCAAAAAGACCUCAGGUACCUCAACCACGGGCAGCGAAUCUCCUACGCAGGACGAGGACUCUGAGUUUGAGGAGUCUGUCGAUGGCGAAGAGGGAUUUGUGCGGCCUGUCAAGGAGGAAGAAGUUCAGAAGAUGAGUUCGGGGCUCAGAGCGGCCAAGACUAGGUAG